AUGUCAGAGUCAGGCCUACCUCAACAGAUAUCCCAAGGUGUGUGGAAGCUGUUAACUGUCAUGAAAGAUGAUGACAUUUCUGCUGCUGUGCGAAGUGACUUCUGCAUUCUUCAGCUGGCGCAGUCAUUUUUCAACAAACAUGGUCAAGAUCCCACCAAAUAUGAAUAUAUUCGGCAGAAGCUUCGUGAAGUUGGAAGACUUCUACUAAUACUGUGUAAAGAAUUUUCCAUAUAUAAUCUUGAGGAUGCUGUAAGACCUGUAAAUUUCCAUUCAGUUAUCCAAGCAGUCAAGAAGGUGUCUGGGUUUGAUGAAGAAAAGCAUUGCUACAAAACGCCAAGCCUCGCACUUAAGUUGGGUCAUUCAUUGCAAAAGAUUAGUGACAUCAUCCAUUGCAGAGCUUUAAUGACAGGAGACAAUGAGCUGAAAAAGUCAACCCAGACUUUCAAAAAGCUUUACACCUCAAAGUGGUCUGAACUUGUCUCUCAUACUGCUUUGACCACCUUGAAUGAGGCGCACUUCAACAAGCCAUCCACCCUGCCUUUUACUGAAGAUGUGCAACGUCUUCAUCAGCAUCUUGAAAAGACAGCAGAUUUGGCAUCUGAGAACCUGGGAAAGAUGCCUUCACCACAAGUGUAUGGUGAACUUUGCAGAGCAACUUUGGCAAAGAUCAUAUUAUUCAACCGAAGACGUGGAGGUGAAGUUGCAAAAAUGCAAUUACACAGCUUCAUCGGAAGAGACACAACACCCCUCCAUAAGGAUGUUGCUCUUGGCCUCACAAAGUUUGAACAAAAACUCUGUGAACAUUUCAGCCGGGUGGAAAUUAGGGGUAAAAGAGGACGAAAAGUUGCUGUGUUGCUAUCACCGGACGUGGUUGAUUCAUUGACACUCCUCUUGAAAAAAAGGAAGGAAUGUGGAGUUCCAGAGGAGAACAUUUUUUUGUUUGGAAGGCCCCACUGUUUAACUUCAUACAGAGGACAGGAUUGUUUAAGGACGUAUGCAAAUGAGUGUGGUGCUCAGAACCCAGAACUCCUGAGGUCAACCCAGUUACGCAAACAUGUUGCAACGUUGUCCCAGGUCCUGAACCUCAAAAACCAUGAACUGGACCAGGUUGCGGACUUCCUCGGCCAUGAUAUUCGUGUCCACAGAGAAUACUACAGGCUUCCAGAGGCGACAACACAGCUGGCCAAAAUAUCCAAGCUACUGCUUGCCAUGGAGAAGGGGUCCAUCACAAACCUUCAGGGCAAAACUCUUGAAGAGAUUGAGAUAGAAGAUAACCUUGACUUCACUGCUUCUGAAGCAAGUGAAGAAAGUGAAGCUGACGGAGAGGAUCAGCCCUCAGAUCCACAAACAGACAUGGGACAGGAGAGAGCUGUGCUACCUGUCAACAACCCUUCAGCUGCCUCAGAUGACUUCAGAGAUGACUCUGCCCUUCUAAAGACUUCUAGUGGACAGGAGAGAACUGUACAACCUGUUGACAACCCUUCAGCUGCCUCUGAUGGUGACACUGCUCUUGAAGGGACAUCUAAAGAGGAUAAUGGGAAGAAAAAGUCCAGCAGGAAAAAAAAACGUCAUGAACAAAGUGCGAUUACCAAAAAUGCUGGAGUGGACGAUCCCAGGAGGAAAAUAAAGCAUCCAUGGUCUCCAGCUGAGGUUGCAGCUGUGAUGAGACAUUUUAAAGAUCACAUCAACAAUGGUAAACUCGUCACUAUGAUUCAGUGCCAGCAGUGCAAGACCGCUGAGCAUCAUGUUCUUGCCGACCGCACUCUUCAAAAUAUAAGAGAUUUUGUUAGAAAUCGUGGCAUAACACUGAAGAGGAAGAACCAAUAAGUACAGAGAGAGAUGAUGUUUUGUUUUUAUGUGUUAAAAGAUAAGAGCUGAGCUCUGUUAAGUGGCGACAAAGCCACAAAAAAUAAAGUUGGUUCUUUAACAACUUUAACAACUGGUUAUACCUGGUGUAAUGUCUUUGUCUAUCAGAUAUGUAUUAAUAGGUUUUACCCGAGGUGGAUAAUGACUAUUGUAUACUGAGGAUGUCUUACACACAUGCCACAGAUCAGGUAUGUCUUUAAAUUUCACAAUGGUAUUGUGUUCAUCUAUUUGUCCUCAUAUACUGGUUGUGACCUAUUAAUGCACAUUACUUUCAUUUUUGUGUUUGUGUGAAUCCAUGUUCCAGCAAGUCACCUGUGACCCUCCAAGUCACAUUAGUGUCAGUGUUUGUGUGUUGUAUAACAACAGUCCUUAUUAAUCAAGUUGGUUCUUAUAAUUCUCCUUUUUGUCAUGGGCGGGGUUUAGCAGCUCAUUAACUUUGUCCUUACAAGUCGUCGUAGUGUCAGGUUGUUGUAACUUGCGUUGCUUUUUGUGUUUCUGACUUUUGAAGUGAGAUUUGCAGAGUACAGCCCAAACCAAAUUUUUUGAUAUAUGCCACACCUCUGGGAAACAAGCGGAAAGGGGUGCCACCCUAAUACACCAAAA